AAGUAAAAGUAGUUCAAACAUGCCCACCAAACAAGAAUUAAUGGACAUGAUGGAUAAUCGCUUGCCGGGUGAAGCACUGCCUUUAAGAAAUACCGCGCCAGUGCAGCCACCAGCAUAUCCCGAUUUAGAGAGAGUUUCCUAUGCAUCGCAACAUCAUAUGGAAUAUCAGCAGCAGCAGCAGCAGCCACAAAUUUAUACAAUACGUCAACCAACAACAACCAUAAACAUUCAACCACCUCAAUUCGGAACACGUUCUCAAUUGGCUAAUUGUCCCAUGUGUAGUGCGACCCAGAUGACUCGAUGUGAAUAUAAAAGUAGUAUGAUGACUCAUAUUAUUGCCACUAUUUUGGGUAUCACUACAUGCUGCUGUUGUUUGCCAUACUGUUUUGACAGUUGCAAGAGUGCUCGCCACUACUGUCAGAAUUGUGGCAGUUAUUUGGGAGGUCAUACAAAAUAAGAAAAACAAAUAGCAUUAGUGGAUUUAUAACUUUAAUUUAUUUAUAGCAGGGGUUAACACAAGCUUU